AAGUUACAUGAAAAUAAUUUAUUUGUAUGUGGUGGCAAAAACAUUAUCAAUGGGUUUUAGAGGAUGAUGAUGCAGUCUGAAAGGCGUUCUUAAGAUCAAUGAAGAAAGGAUGGGGCGAUAAUAUGAAUGAUGAACAGGAUAAGUGGCGUACAAAUGGUGAGUAUAGGUUGGUAUGGGUGCCUGAGCACCUAUGGCCUACAUUAUGUGCUUAUUGGGAUUCUAAUGAGUUUCACAAUCUUAGCAAGAGGGGGAAGAAAAACCGAGCAUCUGGGGAACGAGUUACACACACUAUAGGAUUAGUGAGUUUUGAUGUAGAUGAAGAAUGGAUGACCAAAGCUGCUGGGGGGGUAAGGCCAGCACACCAAGAGCUAUACAAGGAAACACAUACUUUAGGAAAAGGUGUCCCCCAAGGACAAGAACCUCCAUGGUGUGGCAACAAACAUAAGACUCGUCAUGAUACAUAUGUCAGUGAGUGUUCUGCUAUAUAUGGCUCGGACUUAGCAUCAUGGCCACCUCAGGACAAUGAUGCUUGGGCAACUACUGUUGGGGGAUGCCACAGCAAUUUCAUACCGAGAAUUGGUUCACAAGUAAACCCAGAGGAAUUUGGGUUUACAUAUAGAAAACGACAACCAAAGGGGACUUCAUAUGGCAAGUUAAAGAGCAACAAGAAGCAAUGCAACGAAUGUUGGAAGACAUGGGGAGGAUGCAGGCUUCUCUAUCUGUCACGCCCCAAAACCCAAUUUCGAGACGCGACAGACGCCGUGCACUCGUGAGACGGGUCCCACAAAUGCACAAGGCUCGGAACUUAUCAUAUCACACUCUGAUACCAUCAAAAUAUGAAGAUCAAAUUAUAAAAUUUUCUCUGAUAU